UGGCCUUGGCGAUGGCGAUGGCGAUGGCGAUGGAUGGUCGUGGCCAUGGCCGUGGCCAUGGCAGCGGCGGUGAUGUCAAUGAUCUUGACAGACACAGAGACGAAGAGGUCUGGUGUGUGCAGGAUGGACGAGUGUACGAGCAGGGGGAGGAUUGGGAGGUUGACAGCUGCACCUCCUGUACUUGCCAGGAUGGAAAGGUGGUGUGUCAGCAGAUGUCUUGUCCUCCUGUAUCCUGCAUCAAUCCAUCCUUUAUCGAUGGAAAGUGUUGUCCUGUCUGUCUCAAUAAUGAAGAUGGCUGGUCCCCGUGGUCUGAGUGGACCGACUGUUCGGUCACCUGUGGACGUGGAGGGCACCAAAGGGGCCGAUCCUGCAAUGGCAUCAUGCCGUCCUGUGCUGGCCCGUCAGUCCAAACCCGCAGCUGCAUGAUGAUGAAAUGUGACCGCAAGGUGCGUGCUGACGGGAACUGGGGCCUUUGGUCUCCUUGGUCUGCGUGUACAACCACAUGUGGAGAAGGCAGCAUCACACGGGUUCGUCUCUGCAACAACCCUCCACCACAGAGGAGAGGCAGAGGGUGCACGGGCAGCGCCAGGGAGACAUCACCUUGCAACAAUACACUCUGCCCCAUUGCUGGAGCCUGGACAAGCUGGACUGAGUGGUCACUGUGCUCAGACUCGUGUGGGGGAGGUCUUAUGAGUCGCCAGCGGGAGUGUUUGAACCCUGCCCCUCAGAACGGGGGGAAGCCAUGUGCUGGAGACGCUGUGGACUAUGAAGCAUGUAACAAACAACCAUGUCCUAUAGAUAUAUGUUUGCUCUCAAAUCCAUGUUUUCCUGGAGUGGAGUGCACAUCACAUAGCGAUGGAUCAUGGGAGUGUGGACCCUGUCCGUUGGGUUUAAAUGGCAAUGGCACUCACUGUGAAGAUGAGAAUGAGUGUGAAGUGGAGGAUGUGUGUGUCACAGAGUGUGUAAACACAGACCCUGGGUUCUACUGUCUGCCCUGUCCUCCUCGCUAUAAAGGCACCCAGCCAUAUGGUCUCGGACUGCAGGAAGCCCAGAAAACCAGGCAGGUGUGUGAACCAUACAAUCCUUGCAAAGACAACACACACACCUGCCACAAGUAUGCUGAGUGCGUGUACCUGGGCCUGGCGUCUGAAGUUUUGUACAAGUGUGCGUGCGCUGUCGGGUUCGCGGGUGAUGGCUUCCUGUGUGGCGAAGACUCUGAUCUGGAUGGCUGGCCCAACAACAGAUUAACCUGCAAGCAGAAUGCAACCUAUCACUGUCAAAAGGAUAAUUGCCCCAUGCUACCAAACUCUGGACAGGAAGACCUGGACAAGGACGGACAGGGAGACGCCUGUGAUCCUGAUGACGACAAUGAUGACAUCAUAGAUGAGAGGGACAACUGCCCGCUGGUGUACAACCCUCGUCAGUUUGACUCCGACAGAGAUGGGGUUGGAGACCGCUGUGAUAACUGUCCGUUUGAUAGCAACCCACUGCAGACAGACACUGAUGACAACGGAGAGGGAGACGCCUGCAGCAUCGACAUUGAUGGAGACGAGGUUCUGAAUGACCGUGACAACUGUCCUUUAGUCUACAACACUGACCAGAGGGACACAGACCUGGAUGGUGUUGGAGACCAGUGUGACAACUGUCCCCUUCUACACAACCCAUUGCAGCUUGACUCUGACAGUGACCUGGUGGGGGACAUGUGCGACAACAAUGAGGACAUCGAUGAGGACGGCCACCAAAACUCUCUAGACAACUGUCCCUACAUCGCGAAUAGCAACCAGGCUGACCAUGACAAGGACGGGAAGGGAGAUGUCUGUGACCAUGACGACGACAACGAUGGUAUCCCUGAUGACCGGGACAACUGUAGACUAGUGCCCAACAGGGACCAGCUGGACUCUGAUGGUGAUGGUAGUGGAGAUGCAUGCUUUGACGACUUUGACAAUGACAGUAUUCCAGAUGCGCUGGAUCCCUGUCCGCUGAACCAGGAUAUUGGGUCAACAGACUUCAGGAAGUUUCAGGUUGUUUUGUUGGACCCUAAAGGCACCACGCAGUCUGACCCUCUGUGGGUCAUCCGCAGCCAAGGAACUGAGCUGCUGCAGACAGCCAACUCGGACCCUGGCAUCGCUUUAGGAUAUGACAAGUUCAGCUCGGUAGACUUCAGUGUGACGUUUUACGUGAAUACCAACCGAGAUGACGACUACGCAGGCAUUGUGUUCGCCUACCAGUCCAGUCGUCGCUUCUAUGUUGUCAUGUGGAAACAGGUGUCUCAGGCCUACUGGGAGAAAAAGCCAUCCAAAGCUUUUGGCACAGCAGGAGUCUCGAUCAAACUGGUCAACUCCACCACAGGACCAGGAGAGUAUCUACGCAAUGCCCUGUGGCACACCGGAAACACAAGACACCAGGUCAGAACAUUGUGGCAUGACCCCAAUAAAAUUGGCUGGAAGGACUACACAGCCUACCGCAUGCACCUCAUCCACAGACCCAAGACUGGGUUCAUCAGGGUGGUGGUGUAUGAGGGCAGGGAGAUUUUAUCCGACUCGGGGGCGGUGUACGACCACACCCUGGCUGGAGGCAGACUGGGACUGUUUGUCUUCUCUCAGGAACACGUCCUCUUCUCAGACCUCAGAUAUGAGUGCAGAGAUACCUGAACAACCCACCAGAGAUCCACAUUCAUUUCAGGAAAUCUUAACACAACAGAGGAUGCACCAGACCCAGGCCUUUAUCCUGCCAAGACUAUCAAUUAGUGACCAUCAUCUAUCUAUCAGCUUUUAUACAACAGUAUUGAUUUCAGGCUGUGUCAUUCGCUGUAUAUUACUGUAAGAUUCAGACAGCAUCUCUAGUGACAGUAACCUCUUGUUGCUUUUCAUUUGCUUUUGCUAAUGGUUGUAAAUAAUUAUUUAUUGCCAGAUACCAGAUGUGAAAGGGAGAGGUGGGAGGAUAAAUUGAUGAUGGAGUAAGUAGAUCACUGUCUGGUGGUAACUUAUCAAUAAAAUACUUUUCUUCCCCAA